CCCAUGGCAAACUCACGUUCUAGUGCACUCGAGAUGUUCUCGAGCUGUCUCCCUGAUACAUAUAGCUUCCUUAGAUAUCCGCAUGAAGACGGUGAGUGUAGAUGGGAGUAUGAUAGCUUCACCAAUGAUAGACUCCGUCGCUACUGAUCACGGGUGGCGAUGUGCGAUCAACAUGCCCACCUCUGCAUGACGACUCGGGCCAUCAUCCUGUUGCCGGGAUAGAGCUCCGCCGAGAUGGUGAGCAAUGCGAGGCGACCACACGACGCCGACAGACAGGCCGCAUCCUUCAAGUACCCGCCCGCCUGUCUCUCCGCUUCCCCGGUUCCCUCCCACUUUCAUUCCUGUGGCCAACCUUUUUCCUUCGCACAUCGCAGGUCGAUUGUAUAGCUCCUUCUUCACCUUUUACUUUCUUCAUUCUACGUUCUCAAGGAGCUUACAGUCACUCUCGCAACGCAAAUUCCAAGCAACGCACGAACGAUUCUUCACGCCAGCCGUCAUGAACGCCAAGCUCGCCACCCGCAACGUUAUGGAAGUCACCGCUGCCGCACCAGCUGCCGCACGCCCGUCGCUUUCCGUCCGCUGUCCCACUACGCCUCUCGAGAAGGCUGCGAUUACCGAGCUCGCGAUGACGAUCGCCGAAGAACUCGCCAGUCUGAGCCAGUCCAUGUCCCCCAUCGGGAUCGACGUCCCCCUCAAGCACACAGGCCUUAACCCCAAGACCCUCUCUCUCUUCCAUUCCUGGCUCAAGUCUGCGCAUGACUACGAUGCCAGCCUCAGCAGGCUCUUGGAGGACGACAUGACGGCAGAGGUCCUUGCUGCCGAUGUUCUGGCGUCCCCAAGAACACGGCAGGCGCGAGCGCUGCCCAAGCCCGACAGACCCGUAGGCUCCGGGUCGUUCGCCUCUAGGCGUGCCCGCCGCGCUCCCCGCGCCCCGAUCUCAGUAGAUGUGACGACCGAGCCCGAAGAGGUUCCGGUGUCGUCCGCUGCCGCCAGGCAGUACGCCGCAGACAUCGGUAUGGCUCCCUUCGACUCCUGGGCGGGCAAGAAGUCUAGCCUCGUGUACGGCCUGCUUGCGCUCGGGCUCGUGGGCUCGCCGAUGUCGCCUUCGAUGAACGCGAUCAAGUCGCCCGCGGUGCCGGCCUCGUACAACCCGGGCUCGCGCCUCCGCCCGAUCGCGCCCCUCGAGGACCCCCGCGCGCUCAUGCCGACGCGCACGCCCAUCUUCACGUCGUUCCUCGACUCCGUGCGCAUGCCUGGCGUGGACGCAGUCCAGUCCCCUUGGGUCCCGGACCGCCACUACGCUAGCCUCGACGGCAUGUUCGCGGAGCUGCGUUUCCCCCAGACGCCCGGGAGCGUCUAGAAAACGGUACACCUCUGUCUCUCAUAUGUCUCUCUUGGAAGAUCUUUCCGAGAAGAGUUGAUAGGUGCCGGUGAUCAAAGAGACAUCAUAUCGGACUCGUGGAUAUGCGGACCCUUAUUGCAAGUGACUUUAGAUCAUCCUUCAUUCCUUCGUGCUUUCGCUGCUGCCGCCCCCAUCGCGCAUACCCUCCAUUCGUUAUCAAUUGGCUCAAGUUCAUCUCCCUUGGCAAUCACUCAUGGCUCAUUUGCACCCACACGCACCCUUCGUUCCCUUGGCCACAAAUUGCUGCAUCUACGUCUCGUUCAUGUUUGCACCUUUACCCUUCAAGUACUUUGCAUCUUCUUCCGGUUACGGUGUUGUUCAAUAGUUUCGUUUCGUCGCUUUUGCUUUCGUGUUCGCAGUGCGCGCCUCCCCUUGUCCUCAUUAGUGUGUUGUUGGAUACUUUGCGUAUGCCUGUACGCGCGCAUAACGUAGUAGUUUACCUCACGACGUCUUGACACGAAUUGACGCAAGGGUUUUUCUGGUCCGGGAACCCACCCCAUAUGUACCCGUUUUAGCGCGCGGCUACUUCCCACGUCGAAUAUCAA